GGUCGUUAUUUAUACCGGUAUGACAAAAGGCUCUGCGACUGAUUCACUGGUCAAAUGCAUAAUCUCGGGGGAUAAUGACGAGACAGAUGUCAGCACAUUCAAAGACGAAAAGCGCCCUCUGUUUCGAAGUGGAGCUGUCGAUAUAUUUGUCUUGUCUGUUCCUGGUCCACUUGGUCAGCUAAACUACGUGCGAAUCUGGCACGACAACAGUGGCAAGGGCACAUUUGGAUCAUGGUACCUCAAAUAUAUCACUAUAUCCGACGUACAGACGGGGGAAAAGUUCAAGUUUAUCGCAGAAAAGUGGUUCGCGGUGGAAUCUAAUGAUGGACAGGUGGACCGUCUUUUGCCAGUUGCUGGGAAGGAACAACUAGAGGAGUUCGGCCACUUGUUCCAAAACAAGGCACAACGUGAUCUUAAAGAUGGACACUUGUGGUUUUCUGUCUUUAGUCGCCCCCCAAAAAGCCGAUUUACCCGUCUCCAGAGGUCAACAUGCUGCUUGUCACUGCUGAUGACCACCAUGCUGGUAAGCGCCAUGUGGUACGGACAAGUACCGGAAACUACGUCACGGUCGCAGGCGGGACUGAAGUUUGGGCCAUUCUCGAUCACGAGUCAGGAGAUUGGCGUUGGGUUAAUGUCAAACUUGAUCAUCUUUCCCAUCAAUCUACUGAUCGUGAUGAUAUUCCGCAAGACUCGUUCUCGGUAUAAGAAGACGUCACCCAUCAUGGAGGCCAUACGCACAAAUCGCGAGAAACGUCAGAAUGAAGAGGACAGCAAGAACUAUAAAAAAGACGUUCCUGGGGAUGACUCAGACGUUUCCUGGGAUUCAUCCUGGUCAGACAGCGAGGUGCCAAACAUCAAUCAAAGGGCAGCAAAGAAAAGGCAAAAUGGAAUCAAGAAAGCAUCUGAGCUGCGACCGGACUCUGCGGCUUCGUUCACUGUGUCGUUGGAAGACGAUGAUGAUCCUCGCCUUAAGACUGCGACAUCUCGCCUCGAAUCUGCCAUGUCGAAUGGCGAUGUGGGACAACGAUUUGUACCAAAGAAAAAGAAGGCAAAGAAAAUGCCAUUCUCUCUGCCGUGGUGGUUCGUGAUCAUUGCAUGGAUUCUCGCGAUUCUGACGGUCCCCACCUCCAUGUUUUUUAUCCUCCUCUAUGGCAUACAGUUCGGAGACCUUCUCUGCCAGAAGUGGCUGUCGUCUCUCUUUAUUUCCUUUUUGUUUGAUGUUCUCAUAACUCAACCCCUGAAGGUAUUCCUGCUGGCAGUAUUCUUCAGCUGCGUCUGUAAGAAUACCGACAUUGAGGAUGACGAUGCGGACUUUGAUCAAGAGGAGGUGAAUCUAAAUGAGGAUGAGGAGUGGAUGCAUCAGGACGGCGUGUACGUGCUGCGAUCGCAGAGGUCUGGCUACAAACCGCCACCAACAGCCGAACUGAACGCUGCACGUGAGACCCGCUUCAAGGAGAUGAAGAUGUUCGAGAUUCUGAGAGAUCUCGGCAUUUAUAUAUUCUUCCUCUGGAUCGUCUGGGUCGUUAGCUACAGCCAACGGGAUCCAAAUUCAUAUGAGCAACAAGCUUCAUUCCAGGCCCAUUUCCUGGCUCCGGGUGACUGGUAUCUAGAUUUUGAAGGUUUGUACCGUUUGGAACGAGUUUGGAACUGGACUCAGAACGUUCUGCCCGGAGCACUGGUGACCACCAACUGGUACAACGGAAGUCCUCCCGUUGAUGAGCGAGGGUUCCUUGGUGACCGGACUAACAGGCGAUUAGGCCCGGCAUGGAUGCGUCAAGUACGAGUGAUUCCAGACUCCUGCACCGUAAGCCCCUACAUGCUCCAACUAACACAAGAAUGUGCUGACUCAGCGCUUUCCAAUGAAGAGACACGAAACUUUUCUUCUGGUUGGAGUCUGACGGGAGUAGACGUCAACCAGCGGACGGAAUACAACUACCGUCCUGGCGUGACCAUGAAGAGCCUACCAUACUGGGGCCGCCUGGACCGCUACCCUGGCGGAGGCUACUAUGUGUUCUUUGAGGAGACUGUGAACGAUGUUACUAACCAGAUGAAAGAGCUAGAGAGGAACCGAUGGAUCGACAAAUAUACGCGAGCAGUUUUCAUCGAAUUUUCAACAUACAAUGCAUACGUAAACCUCUACACUGUCUGUACGAUCCUGUUCGAAUUUCCUUCUUCUGGCGGUAUCUGGAAGUAUGCCAGGUUUGAUCCUAUUACACUCAAUGAGCCAGCCGACUUUGCCAGCUUAAAAAUUAUAUGUCAGAUAAUUUAUGCGAUAUUUGUGCUGAUCUUCAUUAUUAAAGAGAUCGCUGGCAUGGUGCAAAAGAAGAAGGCAUACUUUAGAGAUAUUUGGAACUGGAAUGAGUUGGCAAUUAUUGGAUUUUCACUGGCUGCCAUCAGUAUGUACUUUACACGCAUGGUGUUAGUGAACGACAUCAUGGCCACGUUUGCGGAAACAAAAGGUAAGAGCUACAUCACGCUGCAAUACAUCAACUACGUCGACGAGAUUCUCGGAUACAUGCUUGGCUUCACUUGCUUCCUCGCAACACUCAAGAUGAUUCGUCUGCUGCGCUUCAACAGGAGGAUGUCGUUGCUAGGCCAGACAUUGGCAUCGUGUGGGAAAGAUCUGUUCGCAUUCACAGUGAUGUUUGGCUUCGUUUUUGUGGCCUUCACGAUGAUGUUUCAGCUGCUACUUGGUACCAACAUGGUGGAGUACUCAACACUCUUGCGCAGUGCAGAGUCCAGCUUCUCCAUGAUACUAAAUAAAUUCAACUACGAGGAUAUGAUUAGAACCUCUCCCAUGGUAUCCCCGGUGUUCUUCUUCGUCUUCGUCGUUCUCUGCACGUUCAUUCUGAUGAAUAUGUUCCUGUCGAUCAUCAUUGUAUCGUUCAAUAUCGUGAAGCACGACAACGACAAGCAGUCGAACGAAUACGAGAUGGUCGAUUUCAUCUUCGGUCGAAUGAAGACGUGGGUCGGAACCGGAAAUAACAAGAUCAACGCAAUGCCUGAGAAAGUUUCGGAGCCGGCGCAAUCGAAAUCUGAAGAGGAACUUUUGCAGGAGCGCAUUGAUCACUUCCCCCAGACCGUCGACAACCUGAUCGAGUACAUCAACAAGAUUUACUUUGCAAAGGAGAAAGAGGCAAGGACUGCUCAUCCUAGCAAAAGAGAUCUAAUGGGAGGUAGCUAUGGUGAGAGCAGGGCUGACCCCAACCAAGCAGGACCAGCUCCGGACUCUGCUAAACCACAUAAGCAGCAAAGGUCUAGCAUGUAGGAGCUUAAUGACCUGGACAAUGAUUUAUCAUUGCUUUAAUGAUGAUAUUAGUGAUUUGAAAACGAGAUAACUUUAGUAUGCCUGCAUAAGAAUACAGUUAUCUAUUCUGUUUGUGUUUGGAGAUUCACCAAUAUGUUUUGCAUUAUUAUAGAUUGAAUUGCAUGUUUCAUUGGUAUACACUACAUAGCAUGAGAUGCUACAAUCAAGUUUGAGUGUGAGUAGACUAAAUGCACGCAACGUCUUAAGUGAAAUAACGCUAUACAGAGUAUUUUAUCUGUCUUUAAAGUUUGAAUGUUUUAUCAUGUCUAAUAUGUAGACACAUUACAAAGUAGGCACUUGCGUUCCUUUAGUAACAAACAGUAUUGUUUUUAAUAGAGGGUAAUUUUUCAUCCCAUUUGCUGUUUGAAUAUAUGGGACAAGUGAGUUUGAAUAGUAAUUCUCUUCUAAUGUGGCCUUAUUCCUUACUGGUUUAGAAGCCACUAGCAAGAUUAGAAAAUUUCUGUGAUAUAAAGUUUUGAUGUGGAUUUAUUCCUAUUCACUGAUACACGUUGA